AGGCUUUACAGUGUUGUUAACGGAUAACCUGAGGGCUAAAACGUCCUGCAACAACUCUGAAGCUUUGUAAGCAGCUGCUGCGUUGUUGGACGAAAAAAUACUGAUACCUGGAUUGGGCCAACAAACGGACAGUAAUGUCCGAGACUUCAAGUGAUACAGAGUCGUCCUGUGGCUGGACCAUUAUAAGUAAUGAGGGUUCAGACAUUGAGACGCUGAGCCCAGAAGCUGCUGGAGAGUAUGUUGCUGACCUGUUAGAGCAUCCUCAGGUGGAGAAAGAAAAGCUGCAGGAGGGACAAGCAUCUGUGUCAGCUGAUGUGUGUGCAGAAGCGGAAGCUGCUGAUUUUCUUGAUGAAACUCUGCAAGAACAAACCACAGAUGAGACACUGUAUGCCUCUGAGGCUGGAGAUGACACCACAGAGAAAGAGCAUGUGACUGUGCUGUCCUCCAGCGAUCAUUCCGACAUCGUGACUCUGGGAGAUUUGAAGGAGGAUGAGCACGCUGAGGUGGAAGAGGAGGCAGGAGUCAAUGAGGAGUUUUACAUGGGCACCUCCUGCAGCAGCCAGUAUGCUUUUACUGCUGCUGCAGAGACUGCAGGUUUAAAGUUGAGUCACUGGAAACUCACUCAGAGUCUUUUGAGCUUCGGCUACAGUCUGAGAAGUCAGCUCAGUGGAGGCCGCUCUUUACAAGUUUUCCCCAUCCAGCAGCCUGAAGUGACAAACUCAAGCAGCAGUGAGGAUGAAGCAGGAAUAAGCCCAACUACUGUAAUCCGGAGAAGAAGGUUGAGGAAGAAUACUACGAACAUUGUUUCAGAGUCUGAAGAAGAGGAGCAGGAAAGAGUGCUGGAGUCCAGCCACAGCGAGGAGGAGAGGGAGGACAAAGAGGAGGUCAGAGACGAGAGGAAGAAGGAUGAGCAGACUGAAGCUGACCCUGCUGCUGUUCUGGAUGCCAGAAAGCAGGGACAAGGCAGCAGCGUCCUCAACAAGUGCAUCCUGAUUGCCCUCCUCAUCGCCAUCAGCAUGGGUUUUGGCCAUUUCUAUGGGACAGUCCAGAUUCAAGAAAGACAAAAAACAGUGGAGAAGCACAAAGUGAAUGAACUGGAUGGUGUAAGAGAUCUGCUUCAGCUACACAUGAGGGGACUACCUUUAACAGAUCAGGUUCAGAAGGUAGACUUUGGCCUUGAUGACCUGGACGGACAAAAAGUAAUUUCCCUUCUCACUGAUGUGAUUGAAAAGAUAAAGAAAGAGAACCAGGAGCUCCGCUUAAAACAGUUACAGACUCAGGCUCAGAUAGAUGACCUGGAAAUGUUGCUGAAACAGAAGACAGAUGAGAGAACUAACAUUGUGUCUCAGCAGCAGAGGCUAACCGCUGAGAACCAGCUGCUGAAAAGCUCCCUGGAGCAUGAGGAGAAGUCGCUGUCUGCCUUACAGGAGGAGCUGAGAAACCUGCACUCUAAGAUCAGAGAGCGGGAGGCAGUGGGAGCUGCUGCAGACUCACUGCUGACAGAAAACCAGAGGCUGAAAGACCAGCUGGAGGAGGAGAAACGGCUGAUCCAAAGCCAGAGGGAGGACAUGAUGUUUGAAGCACAGACACUGAGGAAGAGGCUCGACAAGGAGAGAAAGAUCACGGAUGAGCUGAGGAGAGAGUUAAACCUGCUGAGAAGUCGUAUCUCUGGAGCUGAAAAGGACGGUGGCUCAGAGGCAGAGGAGCUUCAGUCCCGUCUGAUGGAGUUGGAGAAGAGGUUGAGCUUUGAGCAGCAGCGCUCUGACCUGUGGGAGAGGCUGUAUGUGGAAACCAAAGAAGACAGAGCUAAAGGAGACACAGAGUACAAAUUGAAGAAACCAAAACAGGGCACGGCAGGCAAAGUGAAAGACACAUUUGAUGCAGUGAAGAACUCCACGAAAGAGUUUGUCCAUCACCAUAAAGAGCAGAUAAAGAAGGCGAAGGAAGCAGUAAAGGAGAACCUGAGAAAGUUCUCUGAUUCUGUCAAAUUAACUUUCAGACACUUCAAGGACUCCGCUUCAACCUUCAUCAACAAAGCCAGAGGGUUCUACGACAAGAGACAGGGGGAGAAGAACUCAAAGGAGUCGUGGCAGCACGGAUUCAAGCCUCAUCAUAGACACUCACACAAAUUUGACGACUCCUUCCAAAGCAACCACAACACACGGAAAUCAGGAGACAAAGUUUCCCAAGACCAAGGUCAAAACUCCCAGAAGUCCAGGUACAAAGGAUGCUCCGGUGUUUUCGACUGUGCCUACCAGGAGUCCAUGAGCAUCUUCAACAAAGCCAUGGAGCCGAUCAGAGCAGAUGAAUUUUACCAGCUGAUGCAGAGCUACCUGCAGCAAGAGGUCGACCACUUCUACCACUGGAAAGAACUAGAAACAUUUAUCAACAACUUCUUCCACAAUGGGCUGUUUAUCCAUGACCGCAUGCUGUUUACAGACUUUGUAAGUGGCGUGGAAGACUAUCUGAAUGACAUGCACGAGUAUCACGGCCUCGAUGAUGACGUGUUUGAAGAUCUGGAUGAUUAUAUUUACCGGCACUUCUUUGGAGAGGCUUACACAAAAAGCUAUGGUCCAAAUGGGCCAUUUGAGAGACCCGAGGACUCAAAGGAGUCAAGGAUGAAGCAUCACCAGAGAAAGCAGCAGAGAGCCAGAUCUCGACCUCACAGCGAACGAAAGUGGAGCCGAUCGGAAAGAAACGCAGACAGACACAUGGCUGAUGUUAAAAUAGAACUGGGUCCAAUGCCAUUUGAUCCCAAAUACUAACACACAGUACAGCUGGGUUGAUGUUAAUGUUAUAAAUUCUGUUUCAGGUUGUGCUUAGAUGCUUUUUUUUGUAAGUUUGCACAUUGUUAAUGUUUUAAUGCUACUGAACGUCCAGACCUGUUCUGUGUUAAGUGAAGUUAUAGUUUUUAUAAGGUGGCAUUUAAAUCAUCAACACAUUUGAGAAAUAAGAAGUUUGACUUCAUUCUACAAAUGAUUUAUAAAUGAUGUGCCUGCAGAGUUGCUCCGUGCACAUAAACAACUAAUGCACUUGAAAAUACAGAAAAA